AUGGUAAAAUCAAAGCCUUCACGAAACAAAAAUUUCCGCUUUGAUCCCCUUAAAAGUGAGAAUUUCCCAGCCGAAAGCGAUUUAAAAGGCUAUGUAACUCUAAUUUAGCUCAGAAGUACUUCUGAAAGAGAAAGAGAAAUCGGCUGCAUUGCAGUAGCUAACAUGAAAAGCAUCCCUGAUAUUAGCUAUGUCAAGCUUAUAGUAGAAAGGAUUUCAGACGCAUCUUUAUCAGUCCAGCUUUCAGCACUCCAAGCAGCAAUCUCUCUUACACAAGAAUAUUCAGGCGAUUUAUUACGUUUAGGAGUUCUAAAUUUAAUAGACCCUAUCAUAAAUCAAUAUUUCCUAGUAGACCCAAUCCUACCUAAUUCUAAACAAGAAGAGCAAUUAAUCAUUACUAUAGUCCAAACAACCUUAUAUUUAUUAGAAUCUUUAUGCCAAGAAAACGAGACUUUUAUACAGUCUUUACAAAAUUCCCCAAUAAUCCAAGAAUGCAUAAAUAAAAUCAUCGCAAAAAAUGCGAGCUAUAUUUCGCCUUGUUUGGAUCUGUUAAAUGCUUUUUCUGAAGAAAAUGCUCAAGCUUGUGACUUAAUUGGAACCUUUUUCAAUAAUUUAUAUAGCUUAGUCACUGAUGGAGAUUUAACACCAGACAAUAAAAUGAAUAUAGUCUUGCUUAUCUCUAAUUUUUGCAUUGUUAAAAACCAAACGCAGCUGCUUGGGGAAUAUGUUAUAUUCCCCUGUGGAAAAAGCUUGCAGGUUGAUGUGUAUUCAGAUUUAAUGAAUCAUGUUAUACCUGUAAUUAAUGAGUAGAUUUAAAUUAGAAUGGGUUUUGGGGGGCUUAUUUUAGCUACUAUCUGACAUCACCAACUUUGGGCUCCUCGCUCUAGGCAUCAGGCUGCAAUUAAGCCCUUUUCUAUCAACGUCACCAAAAAACGAUGAUGUUGUCAUCUCUCGAUCUCUAGGGGGGGACCCAAGAACUUUUUUGGACGAUUUCUAAGCGAUCGGCAUGACCAAUCUGGGAUGAGAGAUAGGCAGGCCCCGAACCCUCCUUGUGGUCCCUAUUACCCUUCCCAUCCAGAAGUUUGGAGUUGCCAUAUAGACUCUGGCUUCCUUAUCUAUGGUGUGGGGUAAAAAACCCUGUUAUGGUGUCCAACUAGGGAUAAAAACCCCAAAAGUUUCCAUUCUUAAAUCCAAAGCUCAAGAGGGUAUGAAAGAAGGACGGUCGGUAAGUCGCCAUUUAUUUGUGUCAGUAAUUAAUGAAGAAAACAAUGGGAAUGCUUUAGAAAUAUGAAACAAUGGGGUAAAAGCUCAAGAAAUUUCACUCGAAAUAAUUACAAAUUUAUUAGCUGUAGAAGAUGAAGAAGUCCCUAUAGGUAAUCAAUUUAUGAAUAAUGCAUUGAUAAAUGAUAUAAUGAGAGCUGCCAAUGGGUUUACACAAGAAUUCGGUCAAAAUUUAGAAGCUUUUCCAGAAAUUUUAAGCAAAGUUUUUGAGCUUCAAUGUGCAGCUUUUUAUUGUGUCCAAAAUUUAGUAUUAAAUACUGAUCAUUUGGUUCAAACUGUCGGAGCCCAUUCAUUAAAUGGUGUGUGGUGAGCAAUCCAUCUUGUUAGUAUCUGCAGCUGGGGUGGCCAAGAACCUUGUGAAAGGGAGGAUGGCGUUCGGUGAUAUGUAUCCAGCCAGGUUUUAUUAGGUUUGACGGAACCCAAUGUCGGAUUAAACUGACCUCGCUUAUUCUAGGUCAAGGUUUUACCUCUGGGAAGAUGGAACUGAAGGUUGGAAAGGGAAUUCACAGCAACACCAGUGAAGUUCCUCCUCGUCAAUAGGGAACGUUUUCAAGCGCGAUACGGGCGUUGCAUCCUGGGCUUUGAGUUUCCAUUUUGGCCGAUAGGAGACAGAAAAUUCAAUUUUCUGGAAGCUAAUUGUUGACGUUCGGAGAGGUGAACUAGUGUCUCCGACUCACAGAUGGUGAGUGCAGGCCCUAGUUCAUAAUGAGCGACAAUUGAGUCUUGAACGGACUGGAAAACAAGGAGAGAGCGUUAUAGAGAUAAAUGCGGGCUGUGAAGACUUACCUGGAGCUUUUCGGAGCCCAAAAUUUUUGGGACUUUUUAUUCGGACAAAUCCGGAAAAUUGCAGACUUUAUUGAAGAAGAUGUGGAUUGCAAAGAAAACGUAGAAGAACUGCUUGAUAUUAUAAGUCAAGUCUUAUUAUGCUUUGGUAAAAAAUAUGGAAAUGCAUUUGUAAUUUUUAUAUCUUUUUCCUUUAAAUAAUUUCUCUCAAUUUUCAUUAAUAUUUUAAUAACCCAGAAAACUAUUCAUAUACAGAAGUAUAUGUAGGCUAACAAGGUCAGCUAUAUCCAAGAAAUCUGUACUUUAAUAAACCAAUUGCCAAUCCCCAUCGCUAGCAACCUAAUCGCAGCUUUAUCAGUUUGUGCCCAAGAAGAGCUCACCGUCGACCAAGCCCGAAUGAUUGUUAACACCCUUCUUUUCUGUGCCACAAAAGGAGACAUGAACAUGAAAUGCGAAGUCUUAAACGCCUUUUUCGAUAUUUUUAAUGACGAAAGAUAUGAUAGUGUUUUAAUUGAGCUGAGAGUGAUUGGGCUUAUGAAAAGCGGCUCAAAUCUAGUAUUCAGACAUGCUGCUAAAUUAGAGGAUGAAGAACUUAAAGAAAGAUGUGGGGAAGCAUUAGAAAAUUUGGUGGAAUUUAUUAAGUACAAAGAAGCACAUGGCGUUAAUUAA